AUGUCUGGGCAGUCCAAAAGGUAUGUCUGGACAGUCCAAAAAGGUGAUGGUCGAAAGAGUCGAGAGCUGGACUCUAUGCAGCGUUCCAGCGACUCGAAACCCAAUUUCUCAAAGAUUCCAAUGUGUCAUAAAAUUUAUCGCAACUGUGGUGAAAGGUUGUCAUUUAGUGUUAGAGUUUAUAUCUUUGAGGUUUGUCCUUUGCUGAAGAAGGCAUUUCACAAGCACGGAGGAAACUGGCGGAGGAAAAGUCUGAUAGAAGAUGCCCGAUUCGAAACGGUUACCAACGCUGAGUUUGAGCGUUCUGAAGAAAGGAGGUUGGGAGAAUGCAUAUCAGAAGAGACUGAACAAUUUAAUGGUGAAGGAAAAUCUCGCCUGGAAGUGGAAACUGCGCGUGUCUCUUUACUCGUGAUUUUGAAAGAACAGAUGACAUCUCUAGCCGACAUUAUGAAGGUAUUUGAGUCAACGAAACUUCAAGUGAUGCACAUAGAAACAAGAGUUUCUAAGCAAGCCGGCUCAAAGUUUGAUGUGUUCAUCCAAUGCAUGGGCAAAAAAGUUAGCAUCAACCAGUGUAUAGAACUGCUCGACAAGAACUCAAAAGUCCAUAGUACAACCAUCUUGGAUGAAUCAGCAAAAGAGAAAGUCAGAGAAAUAUGGUAUCCAAAACAUAUCUCUGAUCUAGACAGCUGUACCCAUCUUCUCACGAAGUUUGAACCGGAACUUGACAGUGACCACCCAGGUUUCACUGACAAAGAAUACAGAAGAAGAAGGAAGCUCAUUGCAGACAUGGCAUUCACAUACAGGCAUAACAUGAGUAUUCCCAGAGUUGAAUAUUCGGAAGAUGAGAUAAAGACUUGGAAACAUGUUUAUGUGAACAUAAAAAAUCUGUUUCCGACUCACGCCUGCUCAAAGCACCGCCAUUUCUUUGAUUUACUGGAAAAGAAAGGAAUCUACAGUGAAAACUUUAUACCACAGCUUGAAGAUGUUUCCAAUUUCCUGAAACAACAAACAGGUUUCCAACUGCGCCCGGUAGCUGGACUGUUAUCAGCACGUGACUUCUUGUCCAGCUUAGCAUUUCGUGUUUUCCAAUGUACUCAGUACAUACGCCAUGGCUCCAAACCGGACCACACACCAGAACCUGAUUGUGUGCAUGAACUGCUAGGACAUGUCCCAAUGCUGGCAGAUCCUGAAUUCGCUGAGUUUUCCCAAGAACUUGGUUUGGCUUCUAUAGGGACCUCCGAUGAAGAUAUUGAGAAGUUUGCAACGCUUUAUUGGUUCACUGUGGAAUUUGGCCUGGUGAAGGAGCCAUGUGGAAUUAGAGCUUAUGGAGCAGCAACCCUGUCGUCUUAUGGGGAACUUGAACAUGCCUUAUCUAACAAUUGUGAGAAAAAAAUUUUUGAAACGGGAACAGCAUCUCUUCAGGAAUAUGACGAUAACGAUUUGCAACCCAUCUACUUUGUUGCAGAAUCCUUCGAAGAUAUGAAGGACAAAAUGAGGAAAUAUGUGGCACAAAUCAAACGUCCUUACGAGUUUCAUUACAACGCUUUCACGCAAUCAUUGGUUGAGUUGAAAGACAAACAGUCGUUGCAGUCUGUGAUGAGAGUCAUCAAAGGAAACGUUGAUUGCGUGCAGAAAGCUCUGAAACAUCUAGAUGUGCGCACAGUCCAGGUGACUGCAUGAAGGUUAACGAGCAGGCGUGUCUGAUACAACAGUCGACUGAAUUCCUUAGUUGAAGAAAACUGAAAUUAUAGUUAAUGUUAAUGAUGGCAGAUAUCCUUAUGUUAUAUGCUAAGUGGGUACACCACUUUAGAAAGAAAUGAUUAGUUUAGAUUUGAAUAGGUUAACAGGUAUUGUAGUUGAUCCAUUGAUUGUUAUUGAAAUUCGUUUUAAUUUUUCUGCAAAUAAAUAUACAAUUAUCCAAUAUUAACUAACACCUACAGAAUAUAUAAAAAUUCACAUCUACAGGAAACUAUCAUAGAAAACGUGGUUAUUUUAUUUUUUCGCAUACUGAUAUAUGUAUGCAUGUAUGUAUCUAUAUAUGUAUGUGUGUCUGUGUGUAUGUAUAUAUAUAUUAUAUAUACAUACGUAUGUAUGUUUGCAUGUAUGUAUGUAUCUAUGUAUCUAUGUAUGUAUGUAAUACAAGAACACAGAAUGAAUUUAGAACAGCUUUAUUUUUACUUAAAAUUGUUUCGGUACCACUCUUUUUCACGUAAAUGCUAUUUAUGCAGCCUCAUUGGUGACAUUAUUGUAACCAAUGAAACGAGCUGGAAUAAUGUGAACGAGAUCAAGCUAAGGUUCUUCGAUAUAUCUAUACAUAAAAACGUACAUACUUAUACAUAAGUCGUGAAGUUAGUCUCCGAAGAAUUCCAAGAGGGUCAUGUUAUAUAUGUGUAUAUGUGUGGGUAUGCAUGCGUUUGUAUGUGUAUGCAUUGUGCACAUACAUACUACAGUUGACUUACUAUAGUUACUUUGGCUCAAACGCGGACAAAAUUAUAAAUAUAGGCGUUUGUACGAAAAACAUUUACGAUCUAAUAAAAUUCUGAACUCCAAACGGCUAAAGAGUUAGACCAUGCUUAGGUAUACGUUAAUCGUUUACAUGAAAGACGGUAGAAAAGCCAUAAAGUUGUCCUUUUUAAUCCGGAAACCAGAGAUAAGCUAAAUAUUUUAAAACUGCAGUACCUACUUGUAACGCGAGAACUUUACGACACACCGGUUGGACUUCCAGUAAAGACACGCAGCAUUAGGCUUAGACUGGGCGAUAAUAUGGGUAUGCUCGUUAGUUUGUAGCUGAGGUGUACACGGCACGCUUAGAAUCAUUUGCCGAUAUCAAUAUUUUUUCCAAUUUUCCUUCUUAGAAUUUAUGCUUUUGAUCUAUGUCUGGGACAUUCCGGAACAUUUUAAGGUUAAACGGGAUGUAUGGUAAGCCUAUGUACAAUGACCUCUUACUUUAGAGAUUGGGGGGGGGGGAUGGGAGAAAGGUUCAUGAAUAAAUGCAUAAGUAUGUAUGUACAUAAAGCUCAAUAAUUGUUACGGUUUGAUAGAAAUGUCUUUUUCCCCACUCUCUUGUUACAAACAUAGACACAUACAUACUUAUACACACUUACACAUACACAUACGUUAAGUAGGCAUCAUUAGACCGAGGCAUUAAUUGAUUUCAAAUUUGUUGAAAGUGUAUGUUUCCACCCUUCACUGACGAGAUAUAAAUGUAACAUAGCUUCAUAUUUCUGGUCUAGAAGUACAUAGAAGAAUAUGUAUGCAGGUUUUUCUUGCCUAAGUUCACAAAUCUGAAUGAUUUCCUUGUAAAUUUGUGGUUUUUUAAUUAAUCGUGAUAAGUAUAUAAUUAACAGUGAUAAGUAUAUAUAU